UAUACCAUGUCAAAUAUUGUUAGAUUAGGUAUCCUUAGACUUCAGAAAUGUAGGUUUUCCCUAAAAAAUUCCCAGUAAGAUAUUGUUCGAAGCUAUUAGGCCUGCGCUGGCCUUCAAAUGGGAAAGUCCCUGGAUGUGGUGGUCUUUGGGUCGGCAAACAUCGAAUACAUAACAUACGUUGCGGAGUUGCCGAAGCCCGGAGAGCUAGUCGCCGGAACCUACAUGGAGACCUGUUUCGGCGGCAAGGCGGCCAAUCAGUGUGUGGCGGCCGCCAAACUGGGGGGCUCCACCGCCCUGGUGGCCAAACUGGGCAAGGACGAGUCCGGCGACGAUUACCUAAGCCACCUGCAGCAGCACGACGUGGACGUGCAGCAUGUCGAGCAAGUGAAGAACAAUCCCACGGGCAUGAGCGAAAUCGCGGUGUCCGACAGGGGCGAGCAGUACAAGAUCAACGUGGCGGGGGCCAAUGCCUUUCUCACCGGGAAGGACGCGAGCCGCGCCAAAAAGACUUUCCAGGCGGCCAAGGUGCUCCUCUGCCAACUGGAGGCAGACAUGAGUGCCACCAUGUGUGCGCUGCGGCAGUUCAAGGGGGUUUCCAUACUACACAUGUCGCCCAUGAGAAAGGACAUUCCCGCCGGCAUGAUCGCCUUGCCAACUAUUUUAGUUGCCAAUCAGGAGGCAGCAGCUCAUCUGACCGAGAUGGAAGAGGUUAAAACCCUUGAACAGGCCCGAGAGGCAGCCGAGACCCUCAUAGAGAAGGGAGCCAAAAGCGUGAUCAUCACCAUGGGCGACCAGGGAGCGGUCUACAUGUCCAAGAAGAACAGGGACAUGUGCACUCAUGUGCCCGCCUCCGAUGUGCCACACUUGGCCGACUCCUCGGGAGCAGGGGAUGCCUUUUUGGGCAGCUUGGCCUAUCACAUUGCUCGGUUUCCCAAGCUGACCACAGAGCACCACAUCAGUGCGGCCAACUCCUGUGCCGCUUACUCCUUGGGUCGCCGAGGCACCCAGCCCAGUUUUCCGGGCAGGGACAGCGCCAAAAAUGAUCUGUGCUUUGUGACGCCCACUUUCAAUGUCAUUGCUCCUCCCAAUCCGGAAACUGAGAAGGAACCUGCGGAGGAUGCCCCAGAGCCUCCAGUACCUCCACCUGAAGAGCCCCCAGCUGCAGAACCAGUGGCUGAGGAAGCGCCACCACCUCCAUCGCCAUCCGAGGAUCCCGUUGCCGAAGCAGCCCCAGCGCCACCACCGCCUCCGCCUCCCGAGGAACCUGUUGCGGAAGCAGCAGCACCACCUCCGCCACCUGAAGAGCCUCCAAAGGCUGCCGCCGAAGAGUCUCCAAAACCUGUGGAAACCUCGAACGAGCCCGCUAAGCCCGUAGAGGCAGCAAAUGAGCCACCUUCUAAUAAAACAUGAACCACAUUUAUAUUCUUAGAAAAUA